AUGCUCACCAUCAAAAAGAACAACACGCAGUACACAGGUGAGUGUUUAAUAAAUUACAGGUAAUAUCAUUUGCUUGAAAUCAACAAUGACAAUAUUUUUACAUUACAGACUUUGAACUAAGGGCAAGGCAAGGAUUUUAGUUAAAGCAAAUAAAUUAAUAUCAACCAUUUCUCCAAAAAUUGUAGAGCCAAGUUGAAAAUGUCUCCCACAUUCCUCUUGGUUGCCGUAUUGUUGAUGUACAAGUAUUGCAAAAGGGUCUUUCGACUUGCAGUUAUUGUUCUAAAGGUUUGUGCUUUUAUCAGACUAAGCUGAUGUAUACUUCCAAAAUAAAAUUUUCCUUCCAUUGAUCAACCUAAAUCUCCCAGCUGCAGGAUUUUUCUUGAUAUUCCAUAUUGAUGUGCUAUUGAUUGCAUUCCAGCAUCUAGAUAAUAUGUUGAAAAAUUGGGUUAGAGUUACAUUUAUGUUACAUUACAAUUUAAUAUACUUAUCUUAUUUCAGGCCCAUUGUCAUUGAACAACAUCAUAAAGGAAGAUAUGGUUGGUGUUGCAAGCAUCUUGUAUAUCAAAUGCAAUCUAUGUGGCAAAAUCAACAAGGUUAAAACAUCUUCUGAACACAGAAGUGGACAACGUGGACGAUUAACCUUCAACAUUAAUUCUAGAGCAGUACUUGGUUCACUUCAAGCUGGUAUUGGUAAUACCCACCUGAAUAACCUAUUUGCAACAAUGAAUGUACCAACGAUGAACAACAGGACAUUCAAGUCACGAGAACGAGAAGUUGGAAAAGCUGUCGAGGACUUGGCACAAAAAAGCUGCAAAACAAACAUUGAAAGGGAAAAGGAUAUGGCUGAGGAAAACGGGGAAGUUGCAGAUGAGAACGGCUUGGUUGGCAUACCAGUAUCUUAUGAUAUGGGAUGGCAGAAGCGGGGUAAAGGACACAAUUCAAUGACCGGACAGGGAGUAGCAAUGGGAUUAGGAACAGGUAAUGUUUUGGCAUAUGCAACAAAGUGCAAAUCAUGUAGAGUGUGCGAUCAUGCAAAGAAAAAAGGCAAGCAGCCAAGGAGACAUGACUGCAGAAAUCAUCAUGUUGGUUCAUCCAAAGCCAUGGAACCAGCAGUUGCAUGUGAACUGUGGAAUUCGGCUCCCAAAGAAAAAGUAAAAUUUUCAAUUUAUGUAGGUGAUGAUGAUACCACUACACUUUGUCACUUAAACCAGAAUGUACCAUAUGGAGUCGAGAAGUGGUCAGAUAUUGUCCAUGCCAAACGUUCGCUUAUAUCAAGGUUGUACAAUAUUUCACUUCGUUCCAAGUUUGAAAAUUCAUCAGCCUUGAGUCAAAAAGUUAUAAACUAUUUGGGGAAGUGUUUUACAUAUAGUGUUGCACAAAAUCGUGAUGUAAACAACUUAAAAUCUGCAAUAAAAAAUAUUGUUCCACAUGCAUUUGGAGACCACAAAGGUUGCUGCUCAUCGUGGUGUGGUUAUAAAAAAGAUCCCUUGACAUACCGACAUAAAGAUUUACCGUACAAUCGAGACUUGCAGGGAAAUGAAUUGAAAAGCAUACUUACCAGUUUGUUUGAUGAAUAUGCCACAGAUACAGUAGCUCAAAAGCUUACACCAUUUGCUAACUCGCAAAGAAGUGAAUCCUUGAAUAGUACCAUAGGAAGCAAAAAUCCAAAAAUCCGUUAUUAUGGUGGGAGUGAGAGCAAUGACUUUCGUGUUGCUUGCGCAGUUGCACAAAAGAAUAUCGGAUUUAGUUACGUUGAUAAAACACUAGAUUCUCUUGGCAUAGAUCCAGGUGUCACUUGCAGCUUCCACAAUUCUACAAUGGACAAGAAACAACAAUGUGAUAAAAAAAGAAAAUCUUCAAAGGAGUAUAAGAUCAGGAGACAUCAGCUGCAAUCUGAGAGGAUCUCAAAAACUGCAAGGAAAGAGGCAAAAGAAGGAAAAACUUAUGAAACAGGUAUUGGGCUAAAUCUGGAAAAGGAAACUACAGUUACAACUACAGGCAACAAUACAGAUGUUGAUGUUGAUAAAAUUGUUAUGGGCAUAACAAAUAAUAAGCAAUUAUAUGAAGACUUGAUGAAACUAGUUCCACCUUUCACUGAAAGACCAGCAAAAGAAUACCUAAGUCAUGAUCCUGAUAAAACAUACCAGUUUGUAUUAUUUGACAUUGAAACAACAUGCACUGGUAAACAGGCAGAGAUCUGUCAACUAUCGGCAAUAUGUCAAAAUGGUGACACCUUCUCUUCAUAUAUUCUGCCCAAUAAUUCUGUUGGAUAUUAUGCAUCGAAAGUCAAUAAUCUCACAGUAGAAACCAUAAAUGGGCAAAGAACAUUGUGCAAAGAUUUGAAACCAGUAAAUUCAGUAUCUCUUCAAAUAGCACUACAAACAUUUAUAAAAUUCCUACAAGAUCAACAAAACUUAAUUAGGCCUACCUGUUGUACAAAUACAGUCGAAAAUGAGAACCUCGUAACUGUCCUUGUUGGUCAUAAUGCUGCCACAUUCGACGUUCCUACACUUCUUCGCAAUGCCGGUAAUAAUUUCGAAGAACAACUGCACAGCAUGAAAAUUUGUUUUGGAGACAGCUUGCCGCUUAUAAGAUCAUUGAUAUCCAAUCAACAUGCCCCACUAAAGCAAUCGAACGGCCAAUUCUGUAAAGCAAAUCUUGCCAGUGUUUACAAAUGUCUAUUCGAUCAAGAUUUCGAUGCACACGAUGCUUUAGAAGACGUGAUUGCACUAAAGAGAAUCUUGUUCAGUCCAGAAAUGAGCAUUGAUGUAAAAACAAUAGUGGAUCGCAGCCAGAUAUCUUCAGUUCGUGCCAUGAAAUCUGAUAUGGAAUUCAUCGAUUUUCGCCAUGAUCGUUAUCAAACUUUCGUUGGAAACCUUCACUGUCCAAACGAAGAUCAUAGUCCCAUCUCACAUGGUAUGGCUCUGAAAAUUGCAGGUAGUGGACUCUCCUACAGCGAUCUUCACAACUUGUGGCAGAAAUUUGGGGAAACUGGAGUCGUUGGAAUACUGUUCAUGCCGCCAUACAACCCGAAGGACACGCGAAGUACACCAUCGGACAAAAAUCACCCACGAGUGACGAAGAGCAAAAGGAUUCUAUCGAAUGUCGUGAAAUACUUUCAGUCAUGUAACGUUUCAAAUAUUUCCACCAGUA